AUGUUGGCAGUGCGCUGCAUUUCUUUUCUUCCAUCCAAAAAAAAUACGUGAAGAGUCCGCCGACGAGCACACCUCUACGCGCGCAGGUGUUUGUCAUUGUGUGCGUGCCGUACCUAUGCUUAUGUGAGUGUGUGUGUGUGCCUGUGUGUUGUGCGAGUGUGAAGAGUGACACAACACAACAACAACAACAGCAGCAGCAGCAGCAACGGGGCCGCAAUCAGCUGUGAAGGUGCGAAAGCAAAAUGCAAAUCGAAUAAAUGGUUGGCCAAAAAUUACGAAUUAUCAGCGCGAAUUCUCCCGUAAAUUCCAUAUCUCCGAAAUCGAAACGAAGCGUGCGGCUCUAAAUCAAUCGGAAAAAAACUAACAUAAAAUAAUUUUCAAAAAUAUUUCAAACAAAUAAUAUACAAACAAAGGAACACAGAAGCAGCAAUCGGCGUUAAAGUGUUUACCAUAAAUUUGCUUGCGGAUGAGCAGCAGUUGGAGGAGGUGAAGAAUCCAAGGAAUCCAAAGAGAGUGCUGCAGAGGGAGGAGAAUCCAUCAGCACAGCCGCAGAGAGAAGGAGAAGCCGUCAUUUCAGCAGCAGGUGGAUUGCGCGGGGCCUUCGGUCACGCUUCGAAACGCAGGGUUUUCCUUUGAAGGAAAUUCGGGAAGAAUAGAAGUCCAUGUGGAGCUAAGGACCCCCCAUCCCCGAGGAGUGCAACCGCAGUUCUUCCCACAAUUUUGAAGAUUGUCCAGACAUAUCCCACAGCAAAAACCAGACUGAUUCGAGAGCAGACUCCAAGGAAAACUAUAUUUUGAUAUCUUCCAGAACAGAACAGAACAGAACAGAGGAGAGGAGAGACCACAUAUCAGUGGAGAAAGGAGUGAGGGAAUCAGAGAGGACAUAUCAUAAAUCACUUUUCUCUGUUUCUGGGAAUUGAUUAAUGUUACGUAUACGCCAUGUGCGCCCUUGCCGCGGACCAGAAGGACCAGAGGCCUCGUAACUAAGUGAAAGCCGCCGCAGAAAGUCCCGCAAAAAGCGGGAGAGCGAGAGAGCGUGAGAGAGAUUUAGUGUAUCCGUUGGCACCUUUCUUUGGGGAAAAGCCCUUGCAAGAAAAACCACACAUCAGCGAAACGAAAACAAACAAGCACCAAAGAUGGCCUUCAUCUGGCGUCGACGCUCGACGACAAUCGUGAAGCUGGUGGCCUUCCUGCUGGCCAUCUGGUUCUGCAUCGCCUUCCUCGUCUACACGGACGACACACGGCGUCGUGCCGCCCAGGAGGCAGGAGGUGCCUCGGGCAGCGCCGUAGGAGGCGCUCCCCUCGGAGAUCCCGUUGCCCUGCCCCUGAGGAACGGGGACGGCGAGCCGGCCGAUCUCCUCAACGACGACAUCGGCCUGAAUGGCAAUGUCAUCAUCGGAGCAGGAGGCGGUCUACGCAAUGAGCUGGAGGAGGCGGACAUUCCGCCCACCGCCGCCAAGCCCAAAAUAAACGAGUCCGGGCGCCAGUCCGCUGACAAGAAGCCCCGGAAGAAGGCGGCCCCCAUUCCGCUCAAGCCAAAGCUACAAGACGAUACGAAAAAGGUAAUAGAUCCGCCUGGCAACUUCGAUGAGAAUCUGGGGGAGAUGGGCAAACCUGUCACGUUGCCCAAGGAGAUGACCGACGAGAUGAAGAAGGCCGUGGAGACUGGCUGGACCAACAAUGCCUUCAACCAGUAUGUUUCCGACCUGAUAUCGGUGCACCGCACACUGCCGGAUCCCCGGGAUGCCUGGUGCAAGGAUUCGGCCCAUUAUCUAUCGAAUCUACCUGCCACAGAUGUCAUCAUUUGCUUCCACAACGAGGCCUGGACCGUACUGUUGCGGACAGUGCACUCGGUGCUGGACAGAUCCCCGGAACACCUCAUUGGCAGGAUUAUCCUGGUGGAUGACUACAGCGAUAUGCCGCAUCUCAAGACGCAACUAGAGGAUUAUUUUGCCGCCUAUCCCAAGGUUCAGAUUAUCAGGGGGAAGAAGCGCGAGGGCUUGAUUCGUGCCCGCCUCCUGGGCGCCCAGCAUGCCAAGGCGCCAGUUUUAACGUAUUUGGAUUCCCAUUGCGAGUGCACUGAAGGCUGGCUGGAACCGCUGCUGGAUCGCAUCGCCCGGAACUCCACCACCGUUGUCUGUCCCGUCAUCGAUGUCAUCAGCGAUGAUACCUUGGAGUACCACUAUCGCGACUCCAGCGGCGUCAAUGUGGGUGGCUUUGAUUGGAAUUUGCAGUUCAGCUGGCACGCGGUGCCCGAGCGCGAGAAGAAGCGCCACAAUAGCACGGCGGAGCCCGUGUACUCCCCCACGAUGGCCGGUGGGCUCUUCUCGAUAGACCGGGAGUACUUCAACCGCCUGGGGACCUACGACUCUGGCUUCGAUAUCUGGGGCGGCGAGAAUCUGGAGCUGUCCUUCAAGACCUGGAUGUGCGGCGGCACUCUGGAGAUUGUGCCCUGCUCCCAUGUGGGCCACAUCUUCCGCAAGCGUUCCCCUUAUAAGUGGCGUUCGGGCGUGAAUGUGCUGCGAAAGAACUCGGUGCGACUGGCGGAGGUCUGGAUGGAUGAGUACUCGCAGUACUACUACCAUCGCAUCGGGAACGACAAAGGCGACUGGGGCGAUGUCAGCGAUCGUAAGAAACUGCGGGAGGACCUGCAGUGCAAGAGCUUCAAGUGGUAUCUGGACAACAUCUAUCCCGAGCUCUUCAUACCCGGCGAUGCGGUGGCCCAUGGCGAGAUAAGAAACCUAGGUUAUGGCGGUCGCACCUGCUUGGACUCUCCAACCGGAAAGAAGCACCAGAAGAAGGCCGUUGGUCUCUAUCCCUGCCAUCGCCAGGGCGGCAAUCAGUACUGGAUGCUGAGCAAGGUGGGGGAAAUACGACGCGACGACUACUGCUUAGACUAUGCCGGCAAGGAAGUGAUACUCUAUUCGUGCCACGGCGGCAAGGGAAAUCAGUUUUGGACAUAUCGUGAGAACACCAAGCAACUGCAUCACGGCACCUCCGGCAAGUGUCUGUCCAUCAGCGAGAAGAAGGAUCAGCUGCUCAUGGAGGAAUGCAGCCAGUCCCUGACUCGACAGGAAUGGUUGCUGGAGAGCUACGAUAGCUCCAAAUUGUGAGGCUACUUCUAUGCGAGGGGCAACGUCCUGUUGCCCACUUCGCAGCGCCAUCGACAACGAGACAGGCGAGCAUAGCAGCAGCGGCAGCAGCAGCAGAAGCAGAAACAGCAACAAAAGCGGCAUUGGAAAGUGGAGUCAGAGUGGAAACAGGAGUUGGAAUAGAUUUUCCCCUUUUCUAUUCCAGGCAUGUGCAAUACGCAGGAAAAUGUAGGGAGAAUGGGGGAGUUUGUCAUCAGCAUUAGUUUGCCAUGCUAUAUAAAUAUGAUUAAAUUUUAUAUGUUUCCAAGCAACAUAAUAUAUGUUACAUAGCUAUAAGAAACACACACAGAUCUACAGAGAGAUAGACAUACAGACGAACAGACACUUACACUUAAAAAAAAGAGAACGACUGCUGUACAGUAGCUAUAAGUUUUGUAGGCCUAAAGUCAGGAUGACUUUGGGGCCGUUAGGUUAGAAUCAAGCCAAGACAAGUGCUGGCAAAAAAGAAAAACAAGAAGUCGUAGCGCAAUUUUUGCAUUUACAUUUGUAAACGUUUAGCACAAUUUAUGGAAAGUGUGUUGGAUGAUCCAACGGAGAGCGUACGAUCCUACGAUUUCAGAUUAAUAUUUAUGAAUUAUGAAUUUUAUAUAUUGUCAUCAAAUGGCUCUACGAAAGCCCCAUUCCAAAUAUGUGUCUAGUGCGUAAGCUUUAGGCUAAGAGUCUAGGUCGGAAAGCAUUCGGUGAUAGCCUUUGUUUUGCCUGUAUUGUACGCCCCGCCCCGCAGCAUUCCCACUUACCACUAAUCUAUUUACCUACCUACUCCUUCCUAUAUUGCAUCUAUAUGGAAAGAAUUAUCUUUAGAUGGCACACCAAAAUUUUGAACUUAUUUAUUUUUACGACUCGAUGAGGCGUGACGGUGAAGUUUGUGUUUUUUAAUUUGUAAAGUGCGCUGGAGACGCCUUAUGCCAAAUUAUGUAUUGUAUAUUUAGAUGUUUAGUUUUUGCUCUUGUGUAUCCGUAGGUUUUUAUUUUGUUGAGUUCGUUUAGUUCUCAAGACGACAACAUAUCCUAUGCGUUGGACACAGCCAGCUUGUAGUAGUACUUACAAUAUCAGUUUCCAGACUACAGAUAGGUCUGAGCAAAUCUUAGAGUUAGUUAAUGCGAAUGUGCAUAGUGCCUUCUACUUAUAACGGACACACACUUAUCCAUAUACUAUAUAUCGCAAUCGUUCAUCGAACAUGCGAUGAACAUGCGAUGCUACUCCUGUAGCAUUAGUUUAGGUCACAAUCACAGCGACUGUGUAUAUACUGUACUGUACAAUUUCAUAUCGCAUCCUGCAGAAUGUGUACAUAACCAUGGAUUAAAUACUGUUUUAUUCGAGACUAAAGCGCACAUACUAUACCAUACAUAGCAUCCACUAAAUACCACUAACCAGAAUUGGUGGAUGCAACGCUUCUACGGAAUGCAUGCGAAUCUUCAUUUGCUAUUUUUCACACAAAACGCUUCACAUCACACAUGCGGCAUUUACAAUUUAGCGUACGAAACCCCGAAGCCAUAGGAAGUGGUCGAGAAACGUUUUUUUAACUUAAACCUUAAAGAAUAAUGUACUAAGCGCGUAGUGAAUGUGUAGUAAUGAAUCGAAAUUGUACAAGGCAACAGAUGCAGUUAUGAAUAAACUAUUUGAAAGUAAA